AUGGCGCAGUUUUUAUCACUAAUUCUGUCGCGAAUCCGACAGCCCCGGGUGAUAGCAGAAGUCAUCGGCGGUGUUAUUCUCGGUCCAACCGUUAUGGGGCGCAUUCCAGGUUUCAGAAAUGCUAUUUUUCCCAAUGAAGGAAUGGCGUCGCUCACACUGACGAGUACCAUUGGCCUCGUACUCUUCCUAUUCCUUGUCGGAUUGGAAAUUGAUACCAGACUGCUGAAGAGAAAUGCAUUUGCAUCAUCGACCGUAUCCAUUGCUGGGCUUGUGAUACCCCUUGGUCUUGGGGCGGCACUAGGAGUUGCGGUUUAUAAUCAGUAUGUUGGACCUAAUGCCGGCAUCAAUUUUGGACAUUUCCUGCUAUUCAUAGCAGUUGCUGUUGGGAUCACCGCGUUCCCCGUGCUUUGUCGAAUCCUUACUGAGCUCAAACUACUCGACACAGAAGUUGGACUGGUUACCCUCUCGGCUGGUAUUGGAAACGAUGUCGUUGGAUGGAUUUUGUUGGCGCUUACCGUCGCGUUGGUAAACGCAUCCUCGGGGCUCACCGCACUGUGGGUUCUCCUGUCGAGCGCAGGAUACACCGUUUUUCUCCUCCUUCCGGUUAAAUGGGCGUAUGUAUGGCUCGCGAAGAGAACAGGAAGCUUAGAGAAAGGGGGUUUCCUGGCUGGAUUGAUAGUUCCUCAUGAUAACGGAUAUUCAAUUUCGAUAGUCGAGAAGAUUGAAGACUUGGUGUCACUUGCACUCUUACCCAUAUAUUUCACAUUAUCUGGACUCAAAACAGACUUGGGCUUACUCAAUACCGGAACGGAUUGGGGAUACAUUGUCCUCAUCUGUCUGGUGGCUUUCACCUCCAAAUUCCUGUCUUGCGGAAUAACUGCAUACUUCAAUGGCUUUAAUUGGAGGGAGGCGGGUGCAAUUGGGUCACUUAUGAGCUGCAAAGGAUUGGUAGAGCUGAUCGUCUUGAACAUCGGCUUACAGGCCAACAUUCUCUCUCAGAAAACUUUCUCAAUGUUCGUCGUUCAUGCGUUGGUCUUAACCUUCAUGACUACACCACUGGUCAUCCUGUUCUACCCUCCGAAAUAUCGGGUUCACGAGCGUGCAGCGAAUACAAAAGCCGAAUUGGAAAAUGCCGUAAAACCUCUCGAUGACCUGGAUGACGGAAAGAGAACAAAAUUCGCCAUCGUGCUUGACAAGAUAGAAGCGCUCCCUGCGGCCAUGAAUUUGACUCAACUUCUCCAACCCUCUUCUUCCUCUCCAACAUUUUCGUCGGAGACCUCUACUAUCAACGAAAAGUCUGUAGACGCCGGUUUCUCAAGUUCAACAAGAAGAUACUCCAAGGCUGUCAAAGUCGACGUUCUCCGCCUCAUGGAGCUCACCAACAGAUCCUCAGCCGUUCUUAGGUCCCAACAUGCCGAUGCUUUGGUGUACAACGACCCCGUAGUAUCUAUUUAUAGAACCUUUGGUAAAAUCCACAACCUGAAAGUAUCCGCAAACCUUUCGGUCGUCAAUUUCAACGAAUUCCCAGAGACUAUCUCCCGACACGUCGAGGAUUCUGGUUCGCAGAUGGUCAUUAUUCCCUGGCCAAGAGGGGUUACCUCAGUCCUUGAUGAGAAACAAGACGACGAUAUUAGUAUUCGCAACCCAUUCGAUGGGGUUUUCCACCGCAAUAUCACAACACAGGACCAAACGAGCUCGAUUAUUUAUUCAGAGUAUAUUCGCAGCGUUUUCGCACAGACUGCAACGGACAUUGCGCUGUUCGUCGACAGAGGUUCGAACGCGGAUAGCACAUCAAAUCAACACCUGUUCCUUGCCUUCUUCGGUGGCCCAGAUGAUCGGCUCGCCCUUUCAUUCCUCGUCCAGCUCUGUGGACGCACCACGACGACAGCGACCGUCGUUAAGAUGGAAAAGACAGAGGCGCAUUCCGGUCAGACAACAAACUCAAGGACGGGAGCGGGAGCAUCCGCGUUCCAUCACAACACGGUCGUAGCAGCCGAUACAGUAUACGGCCAACCCAACACAGAGACGCGUCUAUCAUCAGACACGGCGGAUAACUUGCUUUGGGGAUACUACACGAACCCAAACAAGACUCACUCUCCCGAUGUUGCCGCUGCACUGUCGCGCAUCACAUUCCGCAGCGAAUCGUCGCCUACUCCUCUACGACGCGUCAUUCAACUAGUCAAAGAAGAGUCGGCUGCUUGCACGUCGGAAUUGAUGGAUCCCAAAUCUUUGAUUGUGCUGGCGGGUAGAUCAAGGAGGUUAGCAGUAGAGUCGCUGAGCAGCGAGUUAGCCGCCCUUGUCUUGGAGUCGGGCGCUUCUGCUGUGAGCAGUUCUGUGCCAAAGACACUUGGGGAUGUGAGCGCCGCAUUAGUUAUGACAGGUGUCACCGCAAGCAUUUUGGUGAUGCAAGCAUCCACUGUAAACGGUAACUAG